AUGUUCUGGCGUUUUGGUGGAUAUGCAAAUAUAUCCGCUAUCGAUACCCUCCUCGAGAAAGCAGAUGUCUCCCUCGAGGAAGUUCUCGAUGAGUCGGAGCUUAUGCAGGAGCUCAAGCAGCAUAAUACGAAACUUAUAGAAUAUCUGCGUGACGAUAAUGUCUUGAAACGAUUGCUUGACUAUGUAAUUUCACCAAGUCUGAUAGAUGACGAUGAUGACGACCACGAUGACGAUGCGCAAGGACAAAAGGACAAGGGUAGGGAUGGAGAAGCAAAGGAAAACCACGAAGUCGCGGCAACUGCGGAUUUGUCCGACCAGGCUAAGGAAAAAGGACAGCAGUUCGCCGACGAUAAACCCGCUGGUUUAAGUUACGGUCUUGAUACCGAUGAACUGGAGAAUGCAGAGAAGUCACGCUUGAAGUAUUCCUAUAUUGCUUGCGAAAUCUUGUCUUCUAAUUCCUGGUCAAUCAUUGAGUCGAUGAUGCUCAAUGAAGGAUAUCUACGGGACUUUUGGCACUUCUUGUGGAGGGAAGUGCCGCUUGAUCCACUUCAAUCCGGAUAUUUUACGAAGGUGAACGAAGUCCUUCUUGAAAAGAAGUCCGAGGAAAUGCUCGCUUUCAUCAAGUCAUUAGAUGGCGUGGUGCCCACGCUCCUUCGACAUGUGGAUAACCCUAUGAUCAUGGACUUGCUUUUGAAAAUUAUAUCGCUUGAAAGGAUAGAGGGUGGCCAAGGAGUUGUUGAGGACCUGAUUCCAUCCCUAUUAUCUUGCCUUUCGACAGAGCAUACCUCUUCGACCCAGACAUCAGCAGGUGAUUUUUUGAAAGCAAUUAUCACGAUUUCUGCUAACGCUGCGCAAAAUGACCAGUCUUGCAUCGGACCCAACAGCUUGACGCGCCAACUAGUUUCCCAGCCUUGUGUGGAAGUUUUAAUAUCGUCAAUGUUGAAAGGUGGAAACCCACUUACCGUCGGAGUUGGGAUUGUUAUCGAAGUGAUCCGAAAGAACAACUCGGAUUAUGACCCAGAAAAUGUUGGCGGCCCGGACUCACCCCCAACGAUUCAUGAUCCCAUUUACCUUGGGACUCUCUUACGCAUGUUUGCAAAAAAUGUGCCUGGUUUUAUGGAUCUAAUACUCAGUUCAAAACAUAUGGUGAAUGAAGCUGGCCAACACAAAGUUGUUGAAAGACCCCGUCUCGACAGCGCUUGGGGAACUCGGAUUGAACCUCUGGGAUUUGACAGGUUUAAGACAUGCGAAUUAAUGGCUGAACUUCUUCAUUGCAGUAAUAUGGGUUUAUUGAACGAGGUUGGAAGCGAUGAAUAUAUCAGAAAACGUGAUGCGGAGCGUGAACGACUGCGAGCACAAGGUGCUUUUAUCACUGGUGAAGAAUACUCGGGUUUCGAAUAUGCCGAGACCACGAACGAGUUCGCAAAUGGCAUCUCCCCAUCUGCACUUGGUUCUGGCUCGCCUGAGGAUAUCAAACGGCUUGACGCAUCACAUGCAGGCGAAGAGGAUGGUUUCGAACAUGUUACUUCAUCUGGAGUACUGAUAGACGAUGUUAAGGACGGUUUCGAGGAGAAGCCUGAAGGGGAAAUCAACAAUAAACCUGGUCCGGAACAGUUCACGAGUAUUCCACCACAUGCGCCUAAAUUAGGCCUGAGUGACGAUUUUGUAGAUGAACCACUAACCCCACCGGAGCAAGGGACAUCCUUGGAUGCGAAAGUCAUCCAGCCUCUUUGUCCAUCUCGAGCUAGCGAUCCUUUAUCACCUACCGCAUCAAUCCUCACUCAGAAAGUCGAAAACUUCAAGAUUGAUGCCGAACAACAGCAUGGCCCGCAUGAAAGGCAUGACUCCCCUCUCAACGAAAACCCCACCAUUGACGUACCUGAAAGUCAACGUUCGGAAAAUCAAACUGGUAAUCAAGAAAGUGGUGAACCGGAUUCAUCGUUAUCCCCGCAACCAGAUGAUAAACCGGCACCUCUAUUCGCCGCGAAGGACUCUCCAACGAAACUGGAAAAUCAUCAAAUUGGCGAAGAAGACAAUAAAGGAAGAGUGGAAACCGGGACUGCUCUCGGGAGCAGUUGCAUAGCCGGGUCACUAACACCGUCGAUAACAAUGGGUGAUGCUGGAGAGAACGUUGCACAUCAAAAUAUUCAAAUAGAUACCGACGGCCAGCCAGUGGUUGGAGAUUAUCUGAAAAUCAUGUUUGUUGAGCACAAAGUCAUACCCACGAUCCUGUCAUUCUUUUUCCGAUUUGCAUGGAAUAACUUUCUCCACAAUGUGGUAUAUGAUGUUGUUCAGCAAGUAUUCAACGGCCCGAUGGAUCGUGGUUUCAAUCGAUCCUUAGCAAUUGACGUUUUCGAAUCGGGCCGUAUUACAGAGGAGAUUGUUCGAGGCCAACAACGAAGUGAUGAAGCACAGCGGACAAAAAAUAUGAGAUUGGGCUACAUGGGCCAUCUCACCCUGAUUGCAGAGGAGGUGGGAUUUACAGCUUCAACAGCGUUAGCAAAUGCCGGUUUGAACGGAGGAGCCCUGGGUGCAACAUUCGAAGGGUUGGAUAUUGUACAUCAAGGCAGCGCUUCGGGCGGUGCGUUUUUCAGCGGGGCUAGCGGGCCAUCCUUGCUCAGUGGAUUUGGAAGCUCGAGCGAUGACGAAGAUGAAGAAAUGGAGGAUCCAGAAGAUGACGAUGGUGAGACACUAGUCAUCGUUGGUAUUCAUUUCCUAAAGUUGAUUAAGGAUGGAAAGGUCUCACGCGACAAGCCAACCGAUUCCCAUGCUAUCACCACCUGCGCCGUUGAACAUUCCCCCAUCUCGAGCUCGUCGUCAACUAGCCGCACGCCUAGCGGCUCAGAAAGAACGGGCUGA